GCUGCCCCCUUAAGUGAUUCCCAAGGUCCUUUCUAGCUCCUGUGACUCCCUGGGGCCUGAGAAGGUGGCUAGAAACACCUGGUGGAGCGCCCAGUGGUGGGUGGGAAGCACCAUCUGUUCCAGGCUACCCCUCCUUCUAGGUCAUAGCCCAGCAUCAGAACCUGCUGCUGUCACAGGCCAGCAACACCCUGAACUAUACCCUGCUGAGCAAUGAUAAUGCCUUCCUGAGCUACCACCCACACCACUUUACCCAGAGGACACUGACUGCCCGCUUCCAGAUGAACAACACCAAGCCACCCCAUGUGCACCUGGUCCGAAAGCCGGUGCUCACUGCCAUGGGGCUGCUGGCUCUGCUGGGUGAAAACCAGCUGUGGGCAGAGGCUCAGUGUGAUGGGCUUCUGGUGGACAGCAAUCACACACUGGGAGUACUAGCCGCCUCCCACUGGCCCGAGGAGCCAUCUUCAUCAGACAGCUGGCAGGCUACCGUGCUGGUGUAUGCCAGUGACGACAAUCGAACAUCUGCCAACCUCAGCACAGUCACCAUACGGCUCAACAAUGUCCCACCAGCCUCUGACCUUGUCUACAUGACCUACUAUAUGGACAAUAAUCUCACCAGUCCUUACCUGGAGUGGAAGAAACUUGGCUCACCUGUCUUCCCCACCAGAAAGCAAUUUCAGCAAAUGAGAGAGACUGAGGAUGCAGUAACCACGGGUCCAUUCCCAUUUCCUGAAGAUGGCCAGCUGACCCUAAAGUGGGAGCUUCCGAUACCCUCAGUCCUUCUCCUUCAUGUGUGUUCAAGGCCACACCUUCCCCCAAACCAGGUGAAUGGCGUCCGAAUCUUGCCUCUCACCAGAGGGCAGAUCACUCUGCUCUGGGAUGAUAGCUGUGUGAACUCAAAGUGUCUGAGGACAUAUGAGGUUGAAUUCUCCCAACAUGGACAUAGUUACAGAGGGAUCAACAGGAAGGAGUCAACUUUCAACCUUUUUGUCUUUGCUCCAGACAAUGCCAAUGUCACUGGCUUCUACCGGCUCCGCGCUGUGGACUACUGGGGCCGCCCAGGCCCAUUCUCCAUCCCCAUUUACUACAAAGAGGCAGCGACAUGAGCAGGGUUGUCUGAGCAGACACAGAAGCAGCAGUCAGACAUAAAAACGACGGAACAUAUGGUCAUCCAUGAUGUCCCAACCCGAGGAAUCAUGGCUAGAUCUCAAUGAUUUCAGAGCCUAUGAAAGAGACUUCUGUAUUCUUCAAAGAAGACUCCCAGGAAGACUUGCAGAUGGCAGGCAGCACCAUAACCCAAGCAUUUGCCAUAAGGAUGGUGUUCUUGAAAUGACCGUGUACUUUUCCCACUAUGCUGAGAAUCAAAGGGGAUUAAAGAGGAAUUAGAUUAUAAGUCCUCUGGAGGUGGGGGAGAUGGCAUUUAUUUUGUGUGGGUAUAGAGAAUGCUUUUACUAACUGAUUCCCAUCACCAUUAUUUAUAUUGUUUCACAUCUUGAUUAAAUGCUUUUACUAUUGGAUUUGUCUCUUGUAUGGUCUAGCAAUAGAGAAUGCUUUUACUAACUGAUUCCCAUCACCAUUAUUUAUAUUGUUUCACAUCUUGAUUAAAUGCUUUUACUAUUGGAUUUGUCUCUUGUAUGGUCUAGCAAUAGAGAAUGGCUUGGAUGGGGGCUCAGGUUGUGAGUGGUGUGACUGACUGCCUCAAAUAGCCAUGCUGAACCUGGGCAAUAGCAAAG